GCAGAGUUGUCCUCCUGGCCGCCAUUAAAGAAUUCAAUCCAUGAACUGAAAUAAUGGAAAUCUACAGGACCCAUGGAUCAGGCAGGGGAGAGCAGCUGAUGAGUAGUCUCGCAGGAUUGGCAUUUUAUUUGUUUUAAUAGCGCUUGUACAAUGACAAAGCACUGUGAUGGUUCUAGUGGAAAGGAGGGCGGUGUAGCUAAUUGUUUUAUUUAGCUAGCAGGCUAGCGUUGGAGCUCUGGUAUGUUAGCUUGUGUGCUAGUAGGCUAGCUGAUCAGGGGGAGGGGAGAGUUCCUUUGCUUUGAAAUUGUUUCAGAUCCGCUAGCUGACAUUAGCAUUAGCACACCAGGGAGUAAGAUUUUGUGAUGAAGUUUUUUUAGUUUUCGAGCUCGUAAUUUUAUUCCGCGUGUAACUUUUUUUCUGUUGUUGGAUUUAAUGCUAGUCUGUUCGGAAUAUGUUAAUAUUGAGUGUCUGAUGUUCAGGUAAUGUGACCGCAAGCUUGCGGCUAACCAGAUCAGACAAUACAUUUCAAAUAGGAUUGAUGAAUCGAAUAGCUAGAAGCCUACAGUUGACGCUAUCUAGCUGCCUGUCUAACGUUAGCUUAGCUACUAGGCUAGUGGUGGCUAGCACCGGGUAGAAGUUGUCUGAGUAGCGGUAGCUAGCUGUAGUUAGCAAGUUGGCCAGGGCUUUAACGGGAUAAUUACAACCGAACACCGUUUUGCUGGCGAGAUACAUAGAUCAGCUAAUGCCCCGAAGGUGAUUGAGACAAUGGACUUUAACGUGACCACCACGCAUUGAAAGGAUGAGUUCGUGCUUUGUACCCAACGGGGCUAGUUUGGAGGACUGCCACUCCAACCUCUUCUGCCUGGCGGAUUUGACUGGAAUAAAAUGGCGGCGUUUUGUGUGGCAAGGACCCACUUCUUCGCCCAUCCUUUUCCCAGUGACUGAGGAGGACCCAAUCUUGUGUAGUUUCAGCCGAUGCCUGGCGGCAGAUGUGCUGAGUGUGUGGAGAAGGCACCACACCCCGGGUCGCAGAGAGCUCUGGCUUUUCUGGUGGGGUGAUGACCCCAGUUUUGCAGAGCUUAUCCACAAUGAGCUCUCAAGUGAGGAGGACGGCGUGUGGGAAAGUGGCCUGUCCUACGAGUGUCGAACGCUCCUGUUCAAAGCCAUUCACAACCUGCUGGAACGAUGUCUCAUGAAUCGUGGCUUUGUUCGCAUUGGCAAGUGGUUCGUUAAGCCAUACCAAAAGGAGGAGAAGAUCCUAAAUAAAAGUGAGCAUCUUUCAUGCGCAUUUACCUUCUUCGUCCACGGCGACAGCAACGUGUGCACAAGUGUGGAGAUCGCUCAACAUCAGCCUCUGCAGAGACUGAGCGAGGAGCAUCUCAGCCUCGCACAGCAGAGCUCCAGCCCCCUGCAAGUUAUCCUGAGCCCAUAUGGCCUAAAUGGGACUCUCACUGGCCAGGCAUUUAAGAUGUCUGACCACCCUACUCAGAAGCUCAUAGAAGAGUGGAGACAGUUUUAUCCCAUUUGCCCCAAUCCCAAGGAGGUCCAGGAAGAAAAGAUGGAAGACACAGACUGGGAAGAUGAGUCCCUGGCAGCUGUGGAGGUCCUUGUCGCGGGAGUAAGGAUGGUGUACCCUUCCUGCCUGGUGCUUCUUCCCCUGUCGGACAUUCCUGCUGUGGUCCCCCAGGGGUCUGCCAACAUCCCAGGAAGCCAGUUUGGCGCUCAGCACGGUCAGGCUGCUCACAGAGAUCCUGCCAUAUCCUCUGUCACCCUGACUCCUCCAACAUCACCAGAGGAGACUCACACAGACUACCAGCCCUCCCACAGGUGGCUUAAGUUAUCCUCUGCAUCCGAUUGCUACAGCUCAAACAACACUCUUCAUGGGGGUAAAAUCCCUCGCAGGCUGGCCAGCCAGAUGGUGGAGUCUGUGUGGCAGGAGUAUAACAUAAAUCAUACAGGGAACAAGAGGAAGUUUACAGCCUUGACAAAUGGGACCUGUGAGGAGGAAUCGGACAAAUCUGGACUCUGGGAUUUUGUGGAAUCAACUUACAGGCCAUCUUGUAGUUGCUUAAGGCAUAAGGGUCAGAAGCAGCGAUCCAGCAGCACCUCAGGACACCCGCCUUCUUCAUGCCAGCCUACCCAGCCGCUUCCCAAGCACAAGCUGGGUGAGAAGCUGGAGAAGGGAGAGAAGCAGCAGAGGAGGCCGCAGACGCCCUUUCACCACCGCAACUCUGUGAGUGACGAGCAGUCUCUGGAGCCACAGACCCCGAGGCUUUGCCCCAGACCACAGGAAGAGGGCUCAUAUCCCAGCCUGCACCAUGUGGACACGGUACCGCCCAAAGCUCCCACGCUACAUGCACACGGCCCUCCCGCAGACCUAGUCGGAUCCCCGCCUCCCCCUCCUCUCAGCCCACAUCCCUGCGAUCUCGUGGAAGGCGACAUGACACCAGGCGGCAUGAAAAACUCUUCCACGCCCAUCCAUCAGCCGUUCUACCCGCCAUCCAUGGAGCCCUGUCUGAUGCCACAAAAGGGCUCGUCUGAUGAGCCUCAACUGGAGAACAUGCCCAUGCCUUUGCCCUUACCUCCACAUUACAAUGAAACCUUGGAACCCACCAUGUUUGUAGGCUCAGCUAUUAGCCCCAGUGAAGACUCUACUCACAAUCCCUGGAAGUAUUUCAGCCUGCCCAGGAAGAGAGAGACUAACUUCCUGCCACCCCAGCUGCCUGCAGACAAAAUACGAGAUGAUCAUGGAGGGGGCACAGAGAGCGUCGUCUCUGUCACUGAGUUGAUGUGCGACUCCUCGCAGCCCCUGAAGGUGUCUCAAGAGCUGGUUAAGACUUAUACUCAGAGGAGAAACAGCCAUCUUGUCUCCACCACUGGUGACGGAGAACAAAGCGAGGAGCCAGACCCUUACGCCUUCGUAGAGGGAGAUGAGGAGUUCAGCUUUACUGAGAAGAGGGAUAAGGCUGCAAGUGACAAGGAACACAACAAGAAACACAAGUUGGAUGAAGGGACUGGAAGUUCUGCAGAUGAUGGUCAGGGUCCAUCUGGCAGUAAACCUUCAACCUCAACCAGCCUCAUCCAUGAAAAUGACUUGGCUGUGUCCUACAGCGAUCUGGAUAAAAUUUUCAACUCGGAUGAAGAUGAGCUAGCGCCUGGAUCCAGGAGAGCUGUAGUUGGUACAGAGGACAAGUUUGGCAGUAAAGAAUCCAAACCGGUCUCGCUGGACACCCUGUCUUGCAUAAGCUCAGCAGACCUACACCAGAUGUUUCCCACCCCACCCUCCCUGGAGCAGCAGGGCUACUCCCCCAUGAAUUCCGGAAGCAAGGACAGCCUGGAAACGGGGGCGAGCCUCACCCUGUUGGACGGGAGCCAGCUUAGCAGCCACUUCAAGAUGGAGGUGGAGGAAGGUUUCUGCAGCCCAAAGCCAUCUGAAAUAAAGGACUUUUCCUUUGUGUACAAGCCAGAGACAUGUCAUUCAUUCAUUGGCUGUUCUAUGUACGCACCCCUCAAGACGCUACCCAGUCAGUGUCUGUUGCCUGUCAAACUGCCAGAAGACUGCGUGUACACGCCGAGCUGGACCAUGGGCAAAAUGGAACUGAUGCCUCCCGUAUCAAGCGUCAAUCUCCUCACCAAAGACAGUAAUGUCCCAAGUGUGGAGCCAGACUACAACCAGUCCUACACCCCUCAAACCCACACACCCUUCUUGUCCAGCAGUGCUCCUCCCAGCAACAGCGGCGCUGGCAUCCUGCCUUCCCCAGCCACGCCUCGCUUCUCUGUGCCCACACCUCGUACGCCACGAACCCCACGCACUCCCCGCGGCCCAUCCAGCGUCCAGGGCUCCCUCAAAUAUGACAACUCUGAUCUGUACUCUCCAGCAUCCACGCCUUCCACUUGUCGACCCCUCAGUUCCGUCGAGCCGGCCACCGUGCCCUCCAUUCCUGAGGCUCACAGCCUUUACGUCACCCUCAUACUUUCUGAGUCAGUCAUGAACCUCUUCAAGGACUGCAACUUUGACAGUUGCUGCGUGUGCGUCUGCAAUAUGAACAUCCGAGGGGCCGACGUAGGCGUGUACCUUAAGGACAAUGGUGAGGCCCAGUACUCUUGCACUUGUGGCUUCAGCGCCGUCACCAACCGGCGCUUCGGUCAGUCUGCUGGGCUUUUUCUGGAAGAUGAACUGGACGUGGUGGGACGAGGCUCAGACGCCAGUCGGGACACUGAGCGAUGUUUCGAGGAACUGCGAGCUUCCAUGACCCACAAAGCUGGCAGCGUGAAGGAGAAGCCUCCAGAUGAGCUAAUCCUGCUGCUGCAGGAUCAGUGCACCAAUCCAUUUUCCCCAAUGGCAGGCGUGGAGUACUCCAAGCUGGGCUCAACCCCCAUUUCAUUCCUGAGGGUUGAAGAGAGAGACUGUUAUAAUGACUGCUACAUGGCAUUGGAGCAUGGCAGACAAUUCAUGGACAACAUGUCGGGGGGCAAAGUAGAUGAAACACUAGUGAAAAGCACCUGUCUUCAUCAGUGGCCAAAAUGCAAAACAACAGACAUGAGCAAGCUGUUCUCUCAGGAUGUCCUGCGGGUGUUACUGUCCCUCCAGCCUGUGCUGCAGGACACCAUCCAGAAGAAGAGGAGCGUGCGCUCCUGGGGAGUUCAGGGACCACUCACCUGGCAGCAGUUUCACAAAAUGGCUGGCAGGGGCUCAUAUGGCACAGAUGAGUCUCCUGAGCCCCUGCCCAUCCCAACUUUUUUGGUUGGUUACGAGUACGACUUUGUGGUGCUGUCUCCUUUUGGGUUGCCCUAUUGGGAGAAGCUACUCCUGGAUCCUUUCGGUUCCCAGAGAGAUGUCGGCUAUGUUGUCAUCUGCCCAGAAAAUGAGUCCUUGCUUCGUGGGGCUAAAACCUUUUUUAAAGAUCUGAGUGCAAUGUAUGAGGCAUGCCAGCUGGGCCAACACAGGCCCAUCUGCAAGAGUCACCCAGAGGGUAUAUUGACGGUCGGCACCACAGAAGGCAGAAGCAUGACGGAGCAGCCCCUCAGUGACUGGUUCCUUAACAUGGCUGCCAGAGAAGGAAACAACGAAGCCUUUAAUAAGCUCAAACUUUUUGCUCAAGUGUGUCGUUAUGAUCUAGCUCCAUACCUAUCAGAGCAGCCGCUGGAUAGCUCUCUGUUGUCCCAGCGCAGUGCCACCACAGCUGCCUCUUCCUCCUCCUCCCAGAACUCCAGCUCUUCCAGCAUCUCCUCAGGACUCCAGAGCACCAACACUACCAGCACCAGCUCUGCCCAGGUCAGCAACACCCCACCGUCCUCCUCCUCAUCUGGCUCCCAGAAUAUCGGGGGAAUGACCUCAGCCAAGCCAAGUUCCUACUCACCUUUUGGAACAGCAGGCUUGCAGGGAAGCACCACUCAGAAUGGACCACAGUCAAACUCACAAAGUGGAGGGGGCUUGGCAGAAAAUGGAUCCAACCAACCUCAAGGCCCCACAGAGACACCAGAGAGCACAAUGGAGAGAGACAAAGUGGGCAAGCCAACAGACGGGGAGUCCCACGGCAUUUCUUACCCUCCUGCCAUAGUGGUCUACAUUGUCGACCCCUUCAGCUAUGAAGACGCAGACAGAGACGCCCACUCCAGCACCUACACUCUGGCCCUACUUCGCUGCUACAUGGAGAUGCUCCUCUUCCUGCCUGCUCGCAUCAGAAAUGCUGUUUCUGUACAGAUUGUUCCAUGCCACUAUCUGCUGCAGCCGGUGCACAGCGGCGAGCGCCACGUCUACAACCAGCACCUGAAAUCGCUGGCCUUCUCUGUGUACACGCAGUGUCGUCGGCCUCUGCCCAACUCCACCAACUUCAAGUCUCUGACAGGCUUCGGCCCUGGGCUUGCCAUUGAUAUGGCGCUCAAAAACCCAGAGAGGCCAGAGUGUCUGCGUCUGUACACGCCACCCUUCAUUUUAGCUCCAGUGAAAGACAAGCAGACUGAACUUGGAGAGACCUUUGGUGAGGCAUCGCAGAAGUACAACGUCCUGUUUGUCGGCUACUGUCUGUCUCAUGACCAGCGAUGGCUGCUGGCUUCCUGCACCGACCAGCACGGAGAGCUGCUAGAGACCUGCAUUAUUAGUAUUGAUGUACCCAACAGAGCUCGGAGGAAAAAGGGCUCCGCCAGACGAAUGGGUUUGGAGAAGUUGUGGGAGUGGUGUCACGGCCUGGUUCAGCUGACAUCACUGCCAUGGAGGAUUGUGAUUGGGCGGCUUGGCAGGAUGGGCCACGGCGAGCUGAGAGACUGGAGCAUUUUACUAAGCAGGAGGAACUUGCAGUCCCUCAGUAAGCGCCUGAAGGAAAAAUGUAGAAUGUGUAGCAUCUCUGCUGCUGACACUCCCAGCAUCCUCAGCGCCUGUCUGGUUGCCAUGGAGCCACAGGGUUCAUUUGUCAUCAUGCCAGACUCUGUGUCCACGGGUUCAGUGUUCGGUCGCAGCACCACACUCAACAUGCAAACAUCACAGCUGAGCACGCCUCAAGACACAUCCUGCACACACAUCCUGGUGUUCCCCACCUCAGCCAUGGUGCAAGUCAACACUAACACGGCAGAGCCCCUUGACAUCAACUUCAACCCCAUGAAUUCUGAUGGAUCUGAUGGCAUGGGCAUCUUUGACCUGUUUGUCAAUGAGAUGGAUCAUGAGAUGGUGGAUGCAGACCUCAUCAACAUCUUGCCCAACUCCCCCACAACUUCCCCUGUCCACUCUCCUGGCUCCCAUUACCAUCAGGGAGGAGAUGGAAGCAAGGGCCAGAGUGCAGAUCGUAUGGAGUCCCACGAGGAGGCUCUGAACAUCCUGCAGCAGCCGAUGGCUUUGGGUUACUUUGUCUCUACGGCAAAGGCUGGACCACUGCCCGACUGGUUCUGGUCUGCCUGCCCUCAAGCCCAGAACCAGUGCCCACUUUUCCUCAAGGCCUCUCUGCACCUCCAUGUGUCUUCUGUCCAGUCAGACGAGCUUUUGCAUAGUAAACACUCCCACCCCCUGGACUCUAACCACACCUCUGAUGUGCUCAGAUUCGUUCUAGAGCAAUACAACGCCCUCUCCUGGCUGACAUGCGACCCUGCAACCCAGGACCGGCGCUCCUGUCUGCCUGUUCACUUUGUGGUGCUCACACAGUUGUACAACUUUAUCAUGAACAUGCUCUGAACUCUUAACGGGAUCAAACUGCUGAGAUUUGAUUGGAGGAAUCGCUCAGACAAACUGUGGAUUUUUGUGCUCUGAAGAAUCCCAGACACUCAAAAGGACCUCGCACUCCAUCAGGGCAAAUAUGGAGAAGAAGCCUGCCUCCUUUUCUUUCUCCUCUCUGGUGUAUCUCACAGGACGCUGACUGGAAAGUCCCACUCAAUCAAUCAGAUGCCAAGAAUCCAUUUUAGCAUUUUGGAUGAUCAAGGGAUGUUUCAUAAGGAGAAUAAAUUGUCUUUUUAAUGACUGUAGAUUGCAAUCUAUGAGAUUUUAUCUUAAUGAAAUGCCUGCAUAUAUUAUUUAUUGUAAGUUUUUAAAUGUGGAAUUUUUAAUGCUUAAUAUCUUUUAUAUAUUACAAAUCCUAGAGGGUGUGUAUAUCUCACUGUAAAGGAAUUGGUUUAAAAAGUGUAAUUUUCUCGAUUAGAACACAAGGAAAAACCUGUUCAAGUGAAUUUGCUGUAGAUUGCUUUUAGAAUAUUAUUUUUUCAGAGGGUACAGACCUUUCUAUUGCCAUGCUGUAAAAAUGAAGUAAAAGCUGGCCUGGGCAUUUGUGUCCCACCCAACAAGUGAAUGAGACUUACCUCUCUGUCUGCUUUGAGUCUCUCGCACAGUAACUCAAUGAGCUUUGAAGAGGAAUAAAAGGUACAUUGUCAGAUUAUAUAUAUUUUAUAUAACAGAUUUAGGUAAUUGUGUGUGUAUAUGUGUACAUAUACUUGUGUGCCGCUACUGAUGGUGCAGCUUAUGUUUUAGGAAUAAAGUGCGUCUACCUUA